CAUUUACCUUGCUUUCAAUAGAUUUGAUAAUUAGUGCUUUCGUGGUUGUUUGUGUAUGUCCAGUAAUACAUCAAUAGUUGUUUUCAUUUUCAGUCAAUGUUCUUUUGGAAAAAUGGUGGACGCGGCCCUAACUUCGAACACACUGGUCUAAUCCAAUCGCAUAUCAAAAAUGCUCAAAGAAAUUUUUGCUGUGUUCCCGCACCUUAAAUCCUACAAUGGCGUUAUGAUCCAAAAGACAUACGAAAGAAUGAACCCUACACUUGAUAGAGAGUCUAAUCAGAAAAAAGUCCUAGUAAGAGGACUAUUGAUUGAAAAUGAAACCCUCGCGACAGUUGGAGAUGAUAAUUUGCGAGGAUGUCUGAGAAUUCUGGUGCCUCUGAGCAGAAAAGGUGUCAAAAGCCAAGCCGGAAUUGAAUGUUUGUCGGCAGAGGAACCAAUUGCAGCGCCACUAGUUAGAUGGAUUUCGAUCAAUCAACAUCCCUUCCAGAACAACAAGCCAAAUACGUCGCAUGGAAUUUGGAUUCGCCCGUAGAUCCACAUUUGAUAACUGAUGGUACAAACUUUUACUUAUAUGUUGAAGAAGAGAUAGUGGAGUGCGGAACUUCAUCACUUCAUGCA